AUGGCGACGACACUCUCCCCGUACUCAACCUUUCGCCCCCUCCACAUCCCACCACUCCUAGCAGCAAGUGCAAUGGGCAUAGGGGCACUCAUGCCUCUCUGGAAUCCACGAGCCGCCAUCCGUGCCUUUGGGUUUCCCGAACGGAUUGCCAUUUCCGAGCCAGCACAGGCGUGCUUCACCGUCUACGGCGCCCGCAGCACGUGUCUCGGCGCUGCUAUCUGGAUUUUCUACCUGCAGGGCAAAAUGCAGGCUGUCGACACCAUUCUAGCACUUCAAAUCUACACUACGGCUGUGGAUGCCUAUAUCUGCUGGCGUGAAGGUGUGCCGCAAAAGGCAGUCAUGAGAGUAUUCGCUGGCGUGUUGGUUGGAGGAUGGGGGAUUUCGGGCUUGACUUCCAGAUUCUCUUGA